AGGUUAUUCCGGAUGUUCCCCAGCAGCAGAGAAUGUGGACACCGACUCACGGAACGAGACUAGGGAGGGGUACUUCAAUUGAUCUCUCUUUUUACCUCUUAAUCCUUUAUUUUCAUCUAGUUUCAAUCCAACAUUUCAUAUUUUUCGAUACGCAACCGUUGUAAACUUGAUUACAUACUGACUGCUGCCUUCCCCCCUUGGGACUAAUAAGCAUUUGUGAAAAGAAGCCAGAAGAAAGGAGAAGAAACAAGAUGGAGCGAUAAAUAAUAGGAAUUAUCCAAAAAGAGUAAAGGAAGGCUUAUGAACCGACGAUGAGUCCUUGGGAGGAUCCGUGAAGCAUAUUUAUUUUUUUAUUUAUCCCCUAUCCUGCUUCCUUUUGUCUUUUUUGCCUUUUCCUACCUCCCUGCUACUUUAAGGACGUUGUUUUAACGGUUAGCGGGACAUCUUCCCAGAAGGAGCGUGAUGGCCCAAGCGGACAUCCUGACAAAGUUUAUCCAGGGCGUGAAAGCCAUGACGGAGGGGGACGACGAGAGGGGAGAGGACAACUUCGGCAGCGACUUUAUGCGUCUGCGGCGACUAUCCACAAAGUACCGCACGGAAAAGAUCUACCCGACUAAUGUAGGAGAAUGCGAGGAAAAUGUCAAGAAGAACCGGUAUAAGGACAUACUGCCCUUUGAUCACACUCGGGUGAAGCUGAUGUUAAAAACAACCAAUCACGAUACAGAUUACAUCAAUGCCAAUUUCAUCAAGGGUAUGGAUGGCCCAGAGGCCUACAUUGCAACUCAGGGCCCGCUGCCCAACACAGUGGUGGACUUCUGGAGGAUGAACUGGGAGUACAAUGUAGCUGUUAUUGUGAUGGCCUGUCGAGAGUUUGAAAUGGGAAGGAAAAAAUGUGAGCGUUAUUUCCCUCUGCUCGGGGAGCCCGUCAGUUUUGGGCCUUUCAAAAUCUCUUGUGAAUCAGAGCAGGCCAGGACUGACUACUUCAUCCGCACUCUGCUGGUGGAGUAUGAGAAUGAAACGCGUAGAUUAACGCAGUUCCAUUACAUUAACUGGCCCGAUCACGACGUCCCCUCAUCGUUUGACUCCAUCCUGGACAUGAUAAGCCUAAUGAGAGAGUACCAAGAGAACGACGACGUCCCUAUAUGUGUUCACUGCAGUGCGGGCUGUGGGAGGACGGGCGCCAUUUGUGCCAUUGACUACACGUGGAACCUCCUCAAGGCUGGGAAAAUUCCAGAAGAUUUCAACGUGUUCCGAUUGAUCCAAGAAAUGAGGACUCAGCGCCACUCGGCUGUUCAGACCAAGGAGCAGUAUGAGUUAGUCCACAGAGCAAUAGCGCAACUCUUUACCAAACAACUGCAGCUACUGGAGAGCUCCACCAACGUGCAGAUACAUGAUGUUAUGGAUGAAAGCAGUCCAGACAAAGCAGGCCACCAGUCAGAUGACGAGCGAUGGGACACGCCUCCCCCGAAACCACCUCGCAUACGCAGUACACAGGUGGAGGGCGAUGUCAAAGAGGAAAUCCUGCAGCCCCCUGAGCCUCAUCCAGUACCCCCCAUACUGACCCCGUCCCCACCAUCAGCCUUCCCCACGGUCACCAGCGUUCGCCAGGACAACGACCGCUACCACCCCAAACCUGUCAUACACGUCCUGGCUACUGCACAACAGAACGUGACACAGAAUAAAGGUGUACAGCAGGGGAAGAACCUAUCAGAAGCCACUCAAAACACUCAGACCAGCCAAUCACAACCAAAAGACCAAAAGCAGCAGACCCAGAUCUCCAAUUUAGAUCUAAAUGAAAACUACAACAACAAAGUUCCUACGACGACGACAAAGUCAGAAUCGGGCCAAAGCCUGACUUCCUGCUCCCCUCAGUCGCCAGCUGCCGAGUGCUGCGGCGCGCCACGCAUCGAGAAGAAGCUCAGCAUUGAGAUUAAGAAGGUGCCUUUGCAGGAAGGACUUCGUAGUUUUGACACUUCCUCUUCAGCGGGAGUAGGCGGCGUUUGCGGCUCGUCCAACAGUGGGGGGGCGCUGCAGAGAAGCCACGCUUUCAAGGCCCGCUCCGGACACUCCCUGCUCACCUCCAGCUCCUCUCUGUCCGAGGACUCGGGGACAGAGGUGGGAGUGGGCGGUUUGGAAGUAGGAGCACUCGCCAGACCCAACCACCUUCCAGUGAUGGGUGAAAAAGUGGAGCUAAAAGGGAGCCUGGCAACUUGGAGUCAACCCUGCAGUAGCCCGGAGAAAACUUUGCCAAAGACGUCCUCGUCCUCAUCCUUUUCUGAUCACGUGGCCCUGUCUUCCUCCUCCUCUUCUUCCUCCUCCACUCCAGUUCGGACUGCCCUGAGCUUCACCAACCCGCUGCACUCGGAUAACUCAGAUGAUGAACAGGGCGAUGGAGAGAUGUUCGCAGCGGGCAAAGAGAGCUGUCACAUCAGCGUCUCAACGGCGACGGUUAAGUCUCUUCACAUUGGGGACCACCAGCUGGUGCGAAAGGUUUCACCCAUGUCCAUCGCCGGGCAGAGCUCUUCGUCACCCACUUUGGCCAUUGCAAACUGCUGGGACAGUGACGACUCCCCUCCCCCCCUCCCAGAGAGGACCCCCGAGUCCUUCAUACUGGCCACAGGUGCGUUUGUGGCGGUGAGGCCUCCUGGAUGCAACGCAGGAGCUAAACUCAAGCAAAGUAGAUCAAAGUUCAGUGGGAUUGAGACCCUCUUGAAGUGCGGACAGCAACCUCAGCCGAGUGGACUGGUUCACUCAAAGCAGAUAAGUGUGAGUGUAUAAAGAAAAGAGCUGAGUCAGCAUCAGCUGAUAUCAAAGCAGACCUCGGUGGGGUGCGAUAACUGCUAUAUUUCACCUGAGGGCCCUCAAUUACCCCCCCUGGUGGACACCAACAAUAUCGUCCCCUUUGGAGACGGACCAAGAUCUCACUUGGCUGGUUCCAAACCAAGCUGACAAGGCACCAAGAGAGUCUUGUUCUGCUCCUCCACACACACAGCAAGAAGGACUGAAAGUAUUGUUGGUUAUCUGCCAUGUGGGACCAGUCUGCUUCUUGUUGACAGUAAAUAAAGACUUCCUUAUCUUUGACCAAAUGUAGACAUUGUAACUGGAAGAAAGAUGAGAUCGUCUUUCUUUCUGCUAUAUUUCUAAGGAACAUAGAAACGGAAAGACUAGAGUGUCUAUUGUGUUCGCUUCAGUACUUAAAUGCUGACCUCUGUUUUUUCCACCACCGUCUUAUAAAGUGACAGUUUGGUUUUUGGCAGCAGUCCUAAAGUUUCCAUCUUUUGUUCAUAAGUUCAGAAAACCACAAUGUUUAUGUUUUAUUUAUGUACUAAACUAUACGCAAGUUAUCAACAAGGAGCAAACAAGUCACCUCUCAGACUGAUCCUCACUGCUGCGACUGUAAUCUGGCCCUCGUCUUAUCUCGGUCAUUGUCAUUUUAAUGAGCAUUAUACACAUCCUUGUUUUGUUGUGUUUAUGUUGCACAUUAGAGUGAGACUUAAAUUCUUACUGGCUUUCCAUAUACUUGUAUCUUCUACUACAGUGCUACUGCAGUACCACAGUGCAUCCUUUUUAUAAUUGUACAGCUCAGUUCGCAUCUAUUUUCUUUUCUUUUAACAGAUGAUGUAUGAAAGAUGUUUCCCAUCAAAUUGUAAAUUAUUAUUUUAGGGUUAUUUUGAAUUAUAUGCUUAAAAAGGAAGAUUGUUUUAAUUUGUUGACUGCCAUUUGGGCUCUGUUCAAGACUGUAAUAUUAAUGUUAAUGAUAAUAGUAAUAUUUUUUCCUCUCUUGUAAAUGCUAUUUUAAAGCUUAUUUUUGUAUGCACAGUUUUGUUGCUUUAUGUCUAAUUAUUUCCAUCCAAUCACUACAUAGUUUCACUUCUUAAACAACUGCCUUCUAUUUAUCCUUUCUUGACCUGUUCUAUGGUUAUCCAUCAGACACAGUAUGCACACUCUCCAUCUCAGAACGAGCCCACCUGUGCCUUUUUAAGAGAACGCUUUCAUAAGCCCACACCCCUAUUCAUAAUUCCCCCUUUCAUUUGUGUUCUUGUCUCCCAUCAAACAUACACAUUGUGUGUAUGUUGCAGAAAUCAAUCAGUAAAAUGAACGUUAUCUGGACAA